UUCUCCCCGCAGAGGCGGAGACCCGGCAGCGGCUGCUGCGCACCGUCAAGAAGGAGGUGAAGCAGAUCAUGGAGGAGGCCGUGACGAGGAAAUUCGUGCAUGAGGACAGCAGCCACAUCAUCUCUUUCUGUGCYGCCGUGGAGUGCUGUGUCCUGUUYGGGCUGAAGCGGAGRGCRGCCGGAUUCCUGCGCAGYAACAAGAUCGCCGCGCUCUUCAUGAAGGUGGGCAAGAGCUUCCCCCCGGCCGAGGAGCUCUGCAGGAAGGUGCAGGACCUGGAGCAGCUCAUUGAGAACGCGCGGAACCAAGCGCCGGCGGUCCCAGAGAACGCGCGCAAGGUGCCAAAGCUGCCCAACCUGUCCCCUCAGGCCAUCAGGCACCUGUGGAUCCGCACAGCCCUCUUCGAAAAGGUCCUGGAUAAAAUYGUGCACUACCUGGUGGAGAACAGCAGUAAGUACUAUGAGAAGGAAGCUCUGCUGGUGGAUCCUGUGGAUGGGCCAAUUCUUGCAUCUUUAUUGGUGGGGCCCUGUGCACUGGAAUACACCAAGAUGAAGACUGCUGACCACUUCUGGACAGACCCCUCGGCGGAUGAGCUGGUCCAGAGGCACCGGAUCCACAGCUCCCACUGCCGCCAGGACUCACCCACCAAGCGUCCAGCACUCUGUAUUCAGAAAAGACAUUCCAGCGGCAGCAUGGACGACAGGCCAUCCCUGUCUGCCAGGGACUACGUGGAGUCRCUGCACCAGAACUCCAGAGCCACGCUGCUCUACGGCAAGAACAACGUCCUGGUGCAGCCGCGCGAUGACAUGGAGGCCAUCCCGGGAUAUCUGUCCCUGCACCAGACUGCCGACAUCAUGGCACUCAAGUGGACCCCCAACCAGCUGAUGAACGGCUCCGUGGGCGACCUGGACUAUGAGAAGAGCGUGUACUGGGACUAUGCCAUGACCAUUCGCCUGGAGGAGAUYGUGUACCUGCACUGUCACCAGCAAGUGGACAGCGGUGGCACGGUUGUCCUGGUGAGCCAGGAUGGCAUCCAGAGGCCUCCUCUGCGCUUCCCCCGUGGAGGGCACUUGCUGCAGUUCCUGUCCUGCCUGGAGAACGGGCUCCUGCCCCACGGGCAGCUGGACCCACCCCUCUGGUCACAGCGGGGCAAGGGGAAGGUGUUUCCCAAGCUGAGGAAGAGAAGCCCCCAGGGCUCCUCCGAGUCCGCGUCCGACAAGGAAGACGACGAAGCCACGGAUUAUGUUUUCAGGAUCAUCUACCCCGGGACUCAGGCAGAGUUUGUUGCCAUUAAUGGUGCUUUUCACCCAUUCCUUGCACCCGUGACUGCUGGGAGAGGGAAGAUCACGAAGAUUGCAGCUGGAAGCAGGAUGGUGGUGAUCCCUAAAUGGUGUCUGAGUCUCCCUGGCACAUCCCGAGCUGCUCUGGGCACCUCUUGGCAUCAGUUGCCCCAGGACCUGAUGGAUGCCCCGGGGGCUGUCCUGCCCCCCAUGUGGCAGCCCAGCACCCGCAAAUCCUCCUGCUCCUCCUGCUCCCAGAGYGGCUCCUCCGACGGGGGCCCGGCCAAUGGCUGCAGCCACGAGAGAGCACCACUGAAGCUCCUGUGUGACAACAUGAAGUACCAGAUCCUGUCCCGAGCCUUCUAUGGCUGGCUGGCCUACUGCAGACACCUGUCCACGGUGAGAACUCACCUGUCAGCACUGGUCAACCACAGCAUCGUGUCCCCCGAUGUCCCCUGCAGYGCCAGCGCCGGGCUCACCGUGGACAUCUGGCACCAAUACCUGCAGGACAGCUCGAGUUACGAGGACCAGGAGCUGCUGCGGCUGAUCUACUACGGYGGGAUCCAGCACGAGAUCAGGAAGGCAGUGUGGCCCUUCCUGCUGGGCCAUUACCAGUUUGGGAUGACGGAGGCAGAGAGGAAAGAGGCUGACGAGCAGACCCGGGCRUGCUACGAGCACACGAUGGCCGAGUGGCUGGGCUGCGAGGCCAUCGUCCGGCAGCGCGAGAAGGAGUCCCACGCCGCCGCCCUGGCCAAGUGCUCCUCGGGGGCCAGCCUGGACUCCCACAUCCAGAGGAUGAUGCACAGGGACUCGACCAUCAGCAACGAGUCCUCGCAGAGCUGCAGCUCCGGYCGGCAGAACCACGCCCGGCUGCAGAGUGACUCCAGCUCCAGCACCCAGGUGUUUGAAUCUGUGGACGAGGUGGAACAGACUGAAGUCGAUGCUCAGCUGGAAGAUGGCAAACAAAGCAAGGUCCCCAACGGGACGGUUCCCAACGGCACGUGUUCCCCUGAUUCCGGGCACCCCUCCUCCCAAAACUUCUCCAUCACGUCGGGGUUCUCGGAGCGCAGCUUCAGCAACGAGGACAGCGCCCUGGAAACCACCAAAUCCUCCUCCAGCUCCCAGGGAAAAGCUGCAGGGUCUGAUGUGCCAGCCCUGCCAGACACAGACAGUGCCCAGCAGGAGAAGCUGCAAGGCCAGGACAGCCUGGAAGGUGAAUUCCUCACCGGUGGAAGUGUGGAUUUUGUCCCCGUGGGUGAGGGCUCGGCGGGGCUGCUGCGUGACAGUGACACCGUGGCCCUGACGGUGGUGGAGAGCUGGGCAGACAGCGAGGCUGAGAAGCAGAGCCUGGUGGAGAGCGAGGACAACCUGUCCGAGGAGCCGGAGAUGGAGAGUCUGUACCCGCAGCUGGACUCUCUGACCGUCACUGAUCUGACCAGCGGAGAGCCAGCUGCUCUCUCCUCCACGGGUGUCACCUACUCUCCAGAGCUGCUGGACAUGUACACRGUGAACCUGCACCGCAUCGAGAAGGACGUGCAGCGCUGUGACCGCAACUACUGGUACUUCACCCCUGCCAACCUGGAGAAACUCCGCAAUGUCAUGUGCAGCUACAUCUGGCAGCACAUUGAGAUUGGCUACGUGCAGGGGAUGUGUGACCUGCUGGCCCCUCUCCUGGUCAUCCUGGAUGAUGAGGCUCUGGCUUUCAGCUGCUUCACCGAGCUCAUGAAGAGGAUGAAUCAGAACUUCCCCCACGGAGGAGCCAUGGACACCCACUUUGCCAACAUGAGGUCGCUGAUCCAGAUUCUGGACUCUGAGCUCUUYGAGCUGAUGCACCAGAAUGGGGAUUACACUCAUUUCUACUUCUGCUACCGAUGGUUUCUCCUGGACUUCAAGAGAGAGCUGGUGUACGACGAUGUCUUUGCUGUCUGGGAGACCAUCUGGGCUGCUGCUCGUGUCUCCUCCGCUCACUACGUGCUCUUCAUAGCCCUGGCCCUGGUGGAGAUGUACCGGGACAUCAUCCUGGAGAACAACAUGGAUUUUACAGACAUCAUCAAGUUUUUCAAUGAAAUGGCCGAGCGCCACAACACCAAACAGAUCCUGAAGCUGGCUCGGGACCUGGUCUAUAAAGUGCAGACUCUGAUCGAGAACAAAUGAAGGAGCCGGGGCAGACGGGGCACCCCAAGAGCCGGGACUCCCCUCCGAUGCUUCCUCCCUUCUCCUGUUUCUCCAAGUGCCACCCCUGUGGGACUCAGGGGGUGGGACACGUGCUGCCAUGUGAGCUGGGAGUGCCCUGGGCUCAGCACAGGUCCCUGCUCAGCCCUUCUGCAGUGACUGAACCAAAGAUCCCUCCAGGUUUGUUCCUGUGCGGGGAGCAGGACCAGGCAGUGGCUUCCUGGUCUUGGAGGGGCAGCAGCUGCUGUGGCCACCAAAACUGCCCAGGCAUUGCCUCAUCCCAGGGUGGAGCUCGGGGGCUGGAGGAGCAGGGCUGGGUGAUGCAGAGGGAAAGCUCCUUCCUUGGAAAGUUGCUUCCUUGGGCAGCCCUUGCCUGUGGUGUGGGAAGGCAGCCAGCCCUGCAGGGAUGCUGYCAGUUCUCAGCUUCUCACCAACACAACGAGGUUCUGCCAGGAACAGGGGGGGGCUUUGAUCACAGAAAUUCCUCUUUUGAUCUUGUCCUGUGAUGCAUUGCAUCCCCGUCAGUAUUUUGUUUUUUUUUGGGCUCUUGUUUUCUCCCUGAAAUUUUCCAUUGUUCCUACAAUAUCUGAGCACACAAGAGCUUCAUCUCGGGAUGGAUUUUCAGAACAGCUCCAAAUUCAGCAUUGGGGUUAUUUUUCAAAAUCCAGCCUCUGUAAUGUUCUCUGAAUGCUGGGAAAUCUGGUCCUGACCUCCUCUGGGAACUCCAGGCUGGAGGUUUCCUUACCUGCCUUACUCUAGCUGCUCAUGGUAGGAGUCUCUUCAUUGUUCCUUUGAGCUUCUGUGAGGGGAGAACUCCUCAGAAGGCAAGUCAGAGCUCCUGAUCAUCCUGAUUUUCCCUCUGACAGUCACUCAACAGCUCAAAYGAUCCCCUUGGUGCCCAGGUGGUUUUCUCAUAUGCUUCAGGGCUGGCUGUUGAGUCCCCUAAACCCACUGAGCAUCUCCAGUUAGAUCUYGGUGGGCUUCUCCCACAGGCCUGUGAGAGGAGAAUUGCCCGAGGUCCCUGAGUGGUCUUUGCUUUGGGAAAAUGUGUGGCCACUUUUCCUGCAGUGGCUCCAGAGGCACAGCCUGGAUCCCACUGCAUGAAGUGCCUCUCCAGCUGCUGUGUCCCACACAGGCUGCCCCGCAGAGGCUCCAGAGUCAUUUUUCAACUCAGGUAUAAAAAAUUGCAGGAAAAGGAGAGGGGUGGGUGGAUGGAGAGUCCAGCCCAGCUGGGGAGGGCAGUGCUGAGGGCGCUGGGUUGGACCUCUCUUAAAAGGGAGUUUUCUCUCAAGUUUUGCUGCAAAAAUUUGUGUUCCCCCUUGGUGCAAUGUGUGCUGUGUGUGUGCUCUCCUCUGGCCCUGCUCCUGCCUUGCUGCUGGAGYGCUCCCAUGGGAGGGAAAGGGGCCCUUCCUUCUCCUGUGGAACGUCUCUCUGUGCUGGUUUGUGUUGGCUCGUGGCACGUGUCAGAUGUUGCUGGUGGAAAAAAGGUGAUUGUCAAUCUGCACCAGAAAAAAACUACUGCUUCGGGGAAGGUCUGAGGAGCGUGGUGGAGUGGCUGGCUGUUCCUGAGCAAAGCAGCACUUUCUGUGGUGCAUCCUGAACCCUUUGGGGAAGGGGCUGGGGCAAGGGAGAGCAAUGAUUUACUCCUCAUAAUCCCAACAGAUAUCUGGGACAAGAAUCUGGGAAAUUCCUCAAAGCAGGAAAACCCCAAAGGGUGCUGGGCUGGAGCAGCACAGCAAACAACUUGAGAUCUGCCAGUUCCUCUGAGAAUUUUUCAUCUUUCCACCACGCAGAGCAAAAAGCUCGUGUCCUCCUUCCUUCCCAGGCUGCUCCUGUUCCCUCAAGGUUCUAGGACAGGUCUGUGUCACCUCUCUAGAGGGAAAGGGAAGGGCUGUUUCCUCCCCUUCCUGAGGGACAGGGACCCACAGGUCAYCUGAAACACUCUCUGACCAAGCAACGUCGCCGACACGUAACCUUUCAAGCUUCUUUCCUUGGUUUUUAAACAAAAACAGCCAAGAAAUUCUGCACAAUAUUUGCUGUCUGUAUUAACUGAGAGUGUCUUUGGGCCGCUCAAUAGCAGUGUUUUUUGAAUAAUUUCUUGGGGUGGGGGAAAAAAGUAUUUAUUUAUUGAUUGUACCUGACUGUGUGUCCUUGUGUGCUGGCGUGUGAGUGCGCGCUGUUGUGCAAAUGGAGAUAGAAAUUUUCAAUGUUAUUUACGAUAUCUUGUAAAUGUUUACCAGAGAAUCGUGUCUAUAUAUAAUAUAUAUACAGCAUAGAGAGAAAAUAUGUGAACUAAGUGGGUUAUUUUUUGAGGGGUGGGGGGGAGUGAGAAAUUUUUUGCUUCUGAGAACUGUGUGGUUUCUAUAGCACCUGUUCCAUGAUGUGCCAAUCUGUCCCUGUGCCGGGAGAGUUGUUCUGGUGGGGCAACAGGAAGCUCAGGGCAGAGCCACAGUCACAAACUCAGUUUGGCUUCAUCUCAGUUCWGACUUGAGGACUGGACAACAGGAAAAAAAAAAAAGGAGGGAAAGAUAAUAUAAAAACUUUGUUUCAGUUGUGUUGCUUGUGCUGUGCAGGGUUUUGUGCCUUGUCCGGGGAUUUGCUGGUUGAGGAUAGUUGUGGAGUUCAGGCUUGGUUGGGUUGCAAAGAAACCCAACUUUGGAUAGUCCAAAGAAYGUGGUCUGUCAUUUAAUUUGGGACUUAAAGCUUUCUCUUUUGGGGGUAGAGUGGGGAUGGAUUGUGCCUGGCCCACUCCAGGCCAGCCCAGCCCUGCCAUGGGCACAACCCCAAACACAGCUCCACCCCAGCUCCUGAAAGCAUCAGGAGAACCAUCUGCUCCCAAAAAUUCUGAGUCUGGACAUGGAGUCCAGCUGUGUGUUCCUGGGAGAUCAGAAACAAGCCCUGCAUUCUGCCCCUGACCCAGCUGUGUUUUGGGCAUCUUUUCAAAGUGUCUUGAGCUCCCCAGGGCAGGUUCUUGUGCUUGUGGACACCCCCAGUGAGGCACCACCAGGAGCCYGGGGCUCUCUUUGAUGGCUGAAAGCUGCUAAGAAGCUGAAAARCAAAUAUUUUGCUGUGCAGCUGUUUGUGGGUCUUCUCUGGCCUCUCCUGCCUGGCUCUGCCCCGCUGCUGCAUCCCCAUGAGACAAAGCCUUGUUCUGGAAUCCUGGCAGUGAGAAAUGURGCUGUGGAAGCCAGCGGGGAUCUCUCCCAGCUGUGCAGCCAAGGAUGGCGUGUUUGCCACGCAGGAGAGGCCAGUCACCAGGGAAUGCUUGUCCUUAUAAAGUAAUCUUGUCUGGAAUGGCUCAUUGCAGCAGCUCUGCAGCUGAAAUUGCCCCCAUAAUGGCACUAGGACUAUUUUGUUGUUGGCUCUGUGGGACUAGGGACUGGAGCUCUGUGCCUUAAACUGACAGAAGGCAGGGUUAGAUURGAUUUUAGGAAGAAGUUCUUCACUAUAAGACCCUGGCUCAGGCUGCCCAGAGAAGCUGUGGCUGCUCCUGGAUCUCUGGAAGUGUCCAAGGGCAGGUUGGACAGGGCUUGGAGCAGCCUGGGCUAGUGGAAGGUGUCCCUGCCCAUGGCAGGGGGUGGGACUAAGUGGUCUCUAAUUUUCUUUCCAACCCCAACCAUUCUGUGACUCCACAAUUUCUGAGGAGACCGCUGCAUUCUCCCCUGGGUGCAGCAAGGGUUGAACCCCACGUGCUGCCAGCCCAUGUUCCCUGCUCCAGUCACUCCAGAGCUGAGAGUGAAGGAUGGGCUCCMUGGGCUGAGAGUUCAGCUCCCAUCACACCCUCACUGAGCACCCAUAUUGCUGUGGGGUUUGGGGUUUGUCUCAUGUUCAAGCUGCUGAGCUCAGAUAAUCUUCAGUGUGUGUAAAUCCUCUGAGUGUUUGUGUCCUGGCCCCGUGUUCCCCUGAGGGAGUGACAAAUGGAUUCUYUUCCUGCAUUUGAGCUUCCUGCUCRUGCAACCUUCCAAYGAGCUCCUGGUACCCAUCUCUUUUGGUGUCACCUGUGCAGACCCUUUAAAAAUUGUGUUUGUUCCUAAAUAUGUGGUUUUUCUAGGAGUUUUUCUCUUGCUGUGUUGAGUCUCUGAGUCGUUUUGAUGUGAAUGUUUUUCAUAAAGACUGAGAUGGUUUUUUGUGUGGGAAUUUGUUGCUGAUUCCCUGUCCUGCUCUCAUCUGGCCUCUGGUUUGGUGAACAUCCCUUAACUCAUCCAAAUGCACCUUCUAGUGCAACGUGAGCCAGCACUGGAACUGCAGGUUGGCAGGUAAAAACAAGGCUGAGAGAUGGAACUGUUGAACAGGUGGGUGGGGAUCACAGAUCUCAUCCCAAAAUCCCACCCUGGAGACAGAAGCCUUGUGGCCAAGAGCAGUUCUUCUUAUUCUUUGUUUUUUAUUUAUUUGUUACUUUCUUUGUUGGGCUAUUUUCCCUCUUUCUCAGUUUAUUCUGCCCUGRGAGCUGCUGUGGCCCCAUGUGCCUCUGACCAGGGAUGKGACCAGUUUUGGGAUUCUCAUCACCUAAGUUUGCUUUUGAAAUAUCUUAUAAUAUUUAAAUCACUGUUCUCUGCAGGCACUGCUGUUGCCAGUGGGAGCCUCAGAUCAGUAAGACCAAAAUGAUGGCCAUGUUGUCAAAACCUCUUCUUUCUCAUUCCAUUUGGGAAUUUCCCUGAGUGCUGAGCAGUUCUGGACUUGUCUUCAGCACUUUAUUGUCAYAUGAGCACAAACUUGAUAGAGCACAAUGUAGGGAUGGAGUCCCAACCCUUCCCAGCACUGUAGAAGGGUUGGAACUCACCAGAACCUGUCAAAAAUUCCUAUAAAACUUUUUCAGACUCCCUGAAGUGGAGCAAAUGCCUCUGAAUGUUCCUGCUGUUCCAGUAAUCUCACUCAAGAUCAGCAUCCUCACUGCCCUGAAUAAUCAAUAUUUCACAGAUUAAGGCAUCUGAACUUUUGGGUGACACCACGUUUCUGUUCUCUGGUGGCCACGUGGGUCACAGCUGAGGCCAUUGGUGCCAUAGCCACACAUUUCACACACCUCAGUGUGUGGAUUCCUUCUCUACUUCACCCRAAUCCUGAAAUUCUCGGAGAAUGUACACGGUUGGAAUAGCCAUGGAAGWCUUUUAAUGUGUCUAAUCUAAUCUCUAAUUUAAUUUUAGCUUCAUGAUAAGCAUAUUCCACCUUCAAUUCCCAUUCAGCAGUUUAAURGCUUCCUUUUAUAGAUGGAUUUUGCACAUGGAGGCUGAGCAGAGCCCACGGAUGGCGCUGCAGGGGACGGUCCCUUCUCCACGGUGGCUGUUGAGCCAUCAGCAGUGGGACAGGACUGGGAACAAGGGCACUUUGCAUCAGUGCUUUGAUAACAAGAAAAAAGCACCAUUUAUCCUUUUUUUAAAUGUAUUUUUUUUAAUUAAUUAAUGCUAAAAUUUAAACUAUGCACAAGAUGUUAAAUAYGUGGAAGUUUUAGGAAUGGGUAUGGCUUUGCUGCUAAAGAUGAUAAAGAAUUGAAAAUCCUGAUCUUGGAUAGUGUAAGAUUAAAAAUGUCAUUGUUGUGACUACGUAAGAUUGACUCAAAUUCUCAGAAAUUCAGGCUCUCUGGAGAGUGAUUCCCAGAAGCCAGGGAAGAAACUGWUUUCCCAAACAGAAUUAAUGAAAAGCUUUGAAAAUGCAACGUGGAUGUAACCUCAGACCCACGAUUGUCACUUCCCUUGUUCAAGGAAUAUUCUGGAGAGCUGGUCAGGGUGACAGGAUGUGACAGCCAUCGUGGGGGCUCUGUGGGACAGGGAAUUACCCCUCAGGACAGGGAUUUGAAUGUAUCUGGUGUCCUUGCAUUAGACUUUUCUGUUGCCCUACACAGAAUUGCUGCUUUUCUCUGUUGGAUGCCAUUUUGGUCUCUGGGAGUUGCUCGAUCUGAGCUUMACGAGCACUUAACAGCUUUUAAUCAAUUUGUAGAAGUGCUGCUAAUGUUCCUAGAUUAUCUGAAUUCCACACUGUGGUAUAAUAUCUGUUUUAUAUUAUUUUAUUCAUGCUUUUGUUU